AUGUUUGUAUCUUCAAUGAAUUCACUUUUGAAGCUCACUUAGAAAAUACCAAAGAGUUUUUGUAAUAGUAAAUACUAUAAGUUUAGUUCUCUAACUCGUGAAGUUUUAAAAGUAAAGAUGGACUUAUAUUUCUCCUAGGAUUAAGCUAAAUAGUUUAUAGUAAAUUAAAAUUAAAAUCUUAAGCAAAUCGAAAACUUAUUGAAAGAUGAUAAUCCUGAUAUCAAAAAUGUAAAGUUUUUAGUUGGUGAUUAAGAAAUAGAAAACAAAGAAGAGUAAUUGUUCUUAAAUUUAUCAAUAAAUAAUGAUUUGAAGAUUAUUAUUGAUGAUGUUUAAACAACUUUUGAAUUCGCAGAUUAACUAAAUACAGCUAAUUACUUUGAAUCAACAAAGUUAGAGGGAGAAUUAGCUUAGCAUGAAGUUCCUUAUUAAGACGCACAAGUUAUUCAAUCAUUUAUUAAGAACUUUAAGCAAAUACUAGAGAAAUAAAAUCCUUCAUCGUAAGCUUAUUCUGAAAAAUAAAUGAAUGACGCUCUAUAAAAGGCUAUUCAAACAUUCUCUGAAUACAAUUUUUCUAGCAGCUUUGAGAAAAAUACCUUAUUUGCUAAUGCUCUUCGUUAGCAAUAUCAGGAAGGAUAAGACAUAUUGCAAAAAAUUGAAGAUGAAUCUAGAGCUAAAUCUCUUUCUAAAGUCAAAUAAUUGAUAGGAUUAUAAGUAGUCUAAUUUGGUUUCCUAUUUUAUUUAACUUAUGGACUUUAUGGUUGGGAUUUUGCAGAACCUGUUAGUUAUGUUCUAGGGUUAGGAAGUGAAGCUUAUAUUUUAUACCAUUUCAUCAAGCACCGUAAAAGCUUUAAUAACCUUUAUCUAUUUGAAAAGCAAUUUUAGCCAGUAAGAAAGAAUUUAAUUUCAUAAAAUCAAACUAAUACUGAGGCACAUCUUAAAUUUCUCAAAAGCAAGCUUGAUAUGAUUGAAUCUAAGAUUUAAUUUGGAAGAUCUAAAGAAAAAUGA